AUGACGAGAUGCGUGCCCAAAGACCUGCCCAGCGGAGCCUCGACUGAUGACGCCUCGAUUCCACUCACGCGCAUACAGCAAGCCUACAUCGUCGGUCGAAGCGUUUCGCUGAACAACCUCUCUGCCGUGCCGUGCCAAAUCUACCAGCAGCUGGAAUUGCUCACCCCAGACAUUCGCGCAUUGGGAGCUGCUCCUUUUCAAAAUGCGCAAGAGAUGCUCAUUGCUCGUCACGAGGCGCUUCGAACGAAGAUUGAUGUGGAGAGUAUGCAACAGCGUAUACUUGCCGUCGACGCCGUCAUCUCCCCAAACAUUGGCUACUCUGACUUGUGCGACCUCUGCCCAGCAUCGCAAGAACAAGCUCUAAGAGUGAGUUGGGACGGUGGUCCUGGCCAAACGAUGCCAUUCGUUGUUCGAGAUAGCACUGGCUGACCUCCUUUCUUCCACCUUUUCCACACAGGUCACUCGACGAAGGAUGCAACACCAAGUCUUUCCGCUGGAUACGGCGCCCAUGUUCCAGGCUCACUUGGACGUCAUCAAUCAAGACAAAGCAGUGCUGCACGUUUGUGCGGAUCUUAUCAUUCUCGGUGAGAAGCCUUCUCUCGCAACUGCCUCUGAUCUACGCUUCUCAAAAAGGCUGCCCUGUUUCUCCCCCCACCCAAUCCAGAUUUUGUUUCCCUUGCGAUACUGCUGGAAGAGUUGAUGCACUUGUUGGGGGGCAGAACUGACCGCCUGGUCGCAAAUCUGCCCAGCCUGCGCGAGUGCAUGGAGACGGUGACGAAGCCCGCUGGGCGCUGUAUUUUGCACAGACGCCAGCCAGAGCUGGAAGAGCUUGGCUCGGCACCUCACUCGUCGCCAGAUUUGCCGCGGCGAGAGAAGACUGUGGUGCUAGAGACGAAAGCGGACUUUUGCCGCCUACAACAAUACUGGUCCGCGGAGCAAUUCGACGAGCUGAAAUCGACGUGUCGCAAGCAUGGAGCACGACCUUGCGCAGCUCUUAUCGGCGUGUACGCUUCGAUCUUGCAACGCUGGAAAGGCACAUUCGAAGCCUUUUCGAUCGGUCUGACCACGUCCAUGCGUGGCAUGUUGCCAUUAGAAGCGAGAGACACCGUCGUCGGCAACUUCACCAGUGCUGUGAGCGUAUCAGUGGAGCCAAACGCUGGGCAGUCGUUUAGCGCGCUCGCUCAGGCUAUCUCGAAGGAACUCGAGCGGCUUUCAAGCAGAGAGGACAAGCGUGCAUCCGAACACCCUUCUUCUGCCCCUGCAUACAUCUUCACAGGUCUGCUCGGCUCAACAAGAGGUUCGCAAAGAAUGCCCAUGGGGCUUGGAGCUCGCUCGCAGCAAGGCUACAGCUCCACCCCAGGCGUCGUCAUCGAUUUCCAAGCCAUCCGAAAUCCUACGGAUGGUGGAAUGCUCCUGCGCUGGGACGUGCGUCGAGAAGCUCAUCCCGAGGGUAUGCUGGAGGAAAUGUUUGAAGCCUUUGUGGGAGCUGCGGCGAGCAUUCUGAACAAUGACGCUUGGGCUCGACCAUUAGAGAUCGAUAUCGAGACCCAACUUAUCACGAGACGCCAAGCGAACAGGACCGCAGCUGACCUGGCUUUGCCCGUCAGAAUGGAAAGCGCUUUCCUGCAAUACGCGCUCGCUAAUCCGGAGCGUAUCGCCGUGGAAGAGUUCGAGGGCGAAAGCGUCUCCUACGGUCAAUUGAGGAGCGCUGCUGAGCGCAUUGCGUCCCACGUUCGCCUGCCCGUGCUCAAGCGUCCCGACCAAAAAGCUUGCGUGGGUCUGCUUGUGGGCAGAAGCUGGCGCCAAGCCGCUGCAGUGUAUGGUUGCCUCCACGCAGGAGCCAGCUUCGUUCCUCUGAGCGCAGCCUGGCCCGACAGACGCCUGAAGCACGUUUUGGACGAUGCGCGCGCAUUAGCCGUCAUCGUCGACGGCUCAUUCGACAGAACACGCAUGCAGAGUGUCCUGGGUGGGCGGGCAUGGUUUUCGGUGGAACAUAUGCUGUCGCAGCCACCUUCUACGGAGCUUUCGAACGACGUUCCUGGUCAGCGGCUCGACCAAAAUGAUGAUGCUUACAUCCUUUACGUGAGUCGUGCGAUGCCCGACAGCGCCAUGAUGCUCAUCUGCACCUCACACCGAUGCAGACAAGCGGCUCUACUGGUCUACCAAAAGGCGUCGUGCUCUCAGUGCGUUCUACCGCGUCUUGUCUGGCAGCUCUGUUCCUGACCACUGCAUCACCUUGCAGCAUCGAGCGGUGCUAAACACAUGCUACGACAUCUUUAAGCGCUGCAAGAUCGGCGCAAAAGAUGCCGUACUGGCUGUUGCCGAUUUCACUUUCGAUCUGAGCAUCUUCGACCUGUCGAUUUUGUGCAUCGGGGCAAAGCUGAUCAUGCUGCCUGAAAAAACUUGCCGCGAUCCUCAAUGCUGGGGACGUGCCAUGACGGGUCAUGGAGUCACCAUAUGGAACAGCGUGCCCUCGUGAGUGUGCAGGGCGAUGCUUCCUGGGGCUUUGGCACCAAGACUGAGAUUUUGCGUUGAUAGUGCUGUCCAAAUGCUCCUGCUGGACAAGAGCAAUCAAGCAGCCGUCCAAAAGCUGAGGGUCUGCUUGCUGAGCGGCGAUGUAGUCCAGACUUCCCUACUUUGCAGACUGCGAUCCGUAAGCGAGGAUCUCAGUAUAUGGACACUGGGCGGAGCAACGGAAGCGGCCAUCUGGUCCAUUGCACAGCCGUGUGGCACCGCUGCAGAUGCUAGCAAUGUCAUCCGGGUGCCUUAUGGGGUACCCCUGUCCAACCAAAGAUGGUACUGCGUCCAGAGUAUCGAUCCUUGGAUCGAAUCGCCCACAUGGGUGACAGGCGAGCUGCUCAUUGCCGGAGAUGGCCUAGCACAAGGCUACACGGACGAGCAAGAGACGCGCAAGAAGUUUGUGCAGCACCCUUCGACCGACCAGCGUCUGUUUCGCACAGGCGAUCUUGGUCGAUACUUGCCGAGCGGCCAACUGGAAAUCUUUGGAAGAAGCGACGACCAGAUCAAGACGGACGGUGGACGACGAGUGUCGAUGGGCGAGAUCGAACAGGCUUUGAUUUGCUGCAAAGGCGUCGAAGCAGCGGUCGCAGUGCAGCUCGAUUCUCGAGCCUUGGCUGUUUGUGUAGUCUUCAGCAGCGCUUUCCACGAAGAAGAGAGCAAGAGCUUGCCACGCUCAAAGUGCUCGGACCUCUCUGUUUGCGAGCCGAUGCAGACGUCGUACCUGCAAGAAGCGUGCAAAGCGCUUCUGCCCGCAUACAUGCUUCCUCGACACUGGUUCAGCACUCUCAGAUUCCCAGUGACUGGCAACGGCAAGAUAGAUCGUAGAGCAGUGAAGCAGGCCACUGAAGCCUUGUUGAACAGCAACACGUCCGGCUUGAGCCCAAAAGAAGAGCAGGGCAAAGACACGAUGGAUAUCGAGUAUGUAGUCAUUUGCAGCUUUGCUCGGAUUCUCGGAUUGAACAAGCAGCAAGUCGCGGCCACAUCUGACUUUUUCGAGCUUGGCGGAUCGAGUAUGCAAGCAGUUCAGGUUGUUCUGGAUUUGCAAAGGUGAGCUUAGAGCGCGGGGCACGCUCUGCAUGGACCAUACCGUACAAGUACCGCUGAUGCGCCGACCGCUUUUCCGGGAUCAAGAUUGUACACUCUGCGAGCAGAUUAUGCGGAUCUCUUCCAGGUAAGUGUGCGAUGCGCCCGCGACCAUUGAUUGGCUUCCAGCUGACGUGUAUGCGACGACGCCCCAACCGACGGCGCUGUGGAUGAACAGAACCCGACUGCAAGACGCAUCGCAUCUCGUUGUUCGCCUCUCUCUGCACGAGGCGCAUGAGCGAAUGAAUGCCAGCUCCUUCUCUGAGCGCUAAGCUCGCUGGACAAGGCUGCAAAUGCCAAUGAAAACCCCGCUGCAUGCUGCCAGGAGUAAGAGUCGGCCAGCAAGGAAUGUGAAUCAAAAACCGAUUCGCUUCUUUCAUUCCUGGUCGCUUUCUUUGCUUUCUCGUCCUAAACCCAGAGAUUCAAUUCCGAGUGCCCAAUGUCUUUACGCAUCAUCAUCACAGAUACUUGAUCACUGACCGUAUUGUUUGAUCCAGUUGGACUGA